UUUAGACUUAAAACUCGACAGCAGUAAACCAGAAUACAAAAAUAGUAUUAAAAUCAUAAGAAUAUGAAAAAGACGCUCGCCAUGAAGUUGUUGACGUUCCUAGCCGUGGUAGUCACGGACAUUCUUCUCUGUCAAGCAGCUGGGGAAGACUAUGAGGAGACAGCUUGCCUUGACUUCAAACAGUUAUUGCUAAAACAAAAUAAAGUCAUAAACCAGAUGAGUCAAAAGUUCCAAAAAUUGGAGGCCAAGCAGAGGCCAAUGACCGGGUGGACACUGGCGUUUCGUGGCACAGCUUACAUAGGAAAAUCUGUUUAUGACGCCUAUACGGACGGUACUGGGAUCCCAAGUGAGGUGGAACCCGGAUGUAAACAGGUGAUCGACCCCCUACCCUGCAACAACCACUACAGAAACUCAGAAGUCUUCGAUAAUUGGGGAAUAGUUGAGGAAGUCGCCUUCGUCGUGUACUCCAACUACCAGAAGGUCAAGGAGAUUAUUUUUGACAGCACAAGUACAACCUACAUGAACUGGUUCGACAAGUCCAAGGUCAAGUUCUCUACCUGGACCAGGAUCAAGACUGACGCAACUAAUUUUUUCAGGAUUUUAGGCGACAAUCAACUAUCCAGGCGUUUCUUCAUCAACCGCGUCUACAGUUUCAGUGGAUGUCCGGAAGACAGGGGAUGGUUCGUGGUUGUGGACAAGGUAGAGACCGGCGCAUGCAAGUGGGAGAAAGCGGACAAGCUACCGGUCUUCAAGUACUCACGACCUGACGGCCCCGAGAACUGGAACACUGGUGACGUGGCCAAUGCCGACAUGUUCGCCAUCUUUGUUAAAUUUCACGACACUCCUUGAAGUGGUUGAUUUAACGAUCCAGAUGUGGUCAAAUUAAUUAAUGCUGGAUAAAUAAAUCAUUUAAUUAUCGUAAAA